AUGGUCAGCUCGUGUUUCCUCCAGAGACGCUGUUUGCGGAUGCAAGAGCCCAACCCGCACCGCACUUUUCAUCGGGAGUAUGAUGCGCCGAAAGACAUGCAGGUGGACUCAAUCCUCUGCGCCCCCAUCAUUCUGUACCACCGCGCCACCGCAGUCAUCCAGUUAUUGAAUCGUUUGGACACAACAGGAGAGCGGGCAUUUGAAGAAGCGGAACGCUCUGCAGCCCCGCAAGAUUCCCACAAUGAAUCGAGCAGUGAGGUCAGGCUGCGGCGGCACAAGACAAUCAAAGUGAUCGUGAAGACGGGCUUCUCAACCAAGGACGAGCAGAAGCUGCUACAUUUUACCACGCAUGUCGCGGUGAGCUUACUUGAGUCCAGCCAGCCAUUCGUAUAA